AGAAUCCACCCAGUGCCACCAGACUUUGAGGGUCAGAAGGGUUAAUCUUUGCCCCGCCCUCCACCUUCAAGAAGAUGCUUUCCAGAGUCCUUCAUGCCACAUUCCGAGCCUCCAACCGAGCAUCUCCUCUUACUCUCGCAACACCAUCCGUACCUCUGUUCUCCAAACCUCCACGCCCUCUCCAAUGGCAAGGCCUUCGAUUCCAAUCCGAAUUCCGUCGACCCGGAGGUAGAAGGCGCCCGCAAAGCUCUUGGGGUCGUCAAUAUGAUCCAUACGCUCACCGAAGUGCGAAGCCUUUCCUCACAAGCGAACAAAUUUUGAGAACAUUCCGAAAUCCCCAAACUCAUGUCGUUGGCGCAGCCAUCGCUGGGGGUGGAGUCAUAUUUUAUGUUACACACCAAGAGGAGGUGCCUGUGUCAGGGAGAACCAGAUUCAAUUGCUAUAGCGACAAGACGGUGGAAGAACAUGGGGAGCUGCUGUACCAGCAUGUGAUGGCAGAAAAUGCGGGAAGAAUCUUGCCAGAAUCGGACAGAAGGUCUCGAAUGGUUAACAGGGUCAUGUCAAGACUAAUAGCAGCCAGCAACCUAGAAAAUGUGAAUUGGGAGGUUCAUGUAAUCAAAUCAAAUGGUAGGACCCGCUUUACUUCUGAAUACCCCCUAGGCUAAUCCUUUGACAGAAGUCAAUGCCUUCGUCAUUCCAGGCGGCAAAGUGUUUGUUUACAGUGGUAUACUCCCAAUUGCUCAAACUGACGACGGUCUUGCUACCAUCCUUGGUCACGAAAUCGCACAUAAUAUUGCUCGACACGCGGCAGAAUCCAUGUCCAGGACAAUUUUAUUAGAGCCCGUUCGAUGGUUUUCCUAUGCUCUGGAUGCUACUGGAUACACUGCUGGGUUUGGCCGUAUCUUGGGUGACUUGGCUUUGGACCUUGGUUUGACACGACCGGCAUCUAGAAUGCAAGAAAGCGAAGCUGAUUAUAUUGGACUUAUGAUGAUGUCGAAGGCGUGUUAUGACCCUACGCAAGCUCCUGGUGUCUGGCAGCGGAUGGAAGCUGCCCACCCAGGAGGCAUCCCAGCUUGGUUGAGCACACAUCCUACUGUUAGUUACUUCUUUCUCCAUCUUGAUAAACACCUACUGACCUGAACUAGAACAUGAGUAGAAUAGAAACCAUGCAGGGUUGGUUGCCCAAAGCUGAGUCUGCCCGAGCAGAAAGUGGUUGUACAGCAACGAUAGACUAUGCUCGGGGUUUCCAGGGCGCAUUGGGCGAUUUGGGUGCAUUUGGUGGCUGGGGAUCAAUGAGAUAA